AUGGUUUCCCGUCGAGAUUUACAAUCGCACACUCCCUUGUCGUCUUGUAUGCAAUCGAAUACCUCAAAAUCGAUCGUCUUUCUUUCGAUGAUCAUCGAGCUUGUCGGAUUGUUACGCCACGACGUUGGUUCUUCCGAUGGCCAAACUGAGGCAAACGCCUCGAGGAAUGGAAACCAUUCGGCCUUACAAGGCUCCAUUGCAGCAAAUCUCGGCCACAGCCGCGACGCUGGAAAGCUCAUCAGUCAAUUCAAAGGAUUGAGCAAAGUUGUUGACUUCGUAGAACUAGUCCGAGGCCCGAGCACGGCUGCAGGAGGACAUUGCACGCACUGUCGAGCACUGCUAUUCUCGCGUUGCGAGACGAGGAAGGAAAGAGCACGAGUGGACUACGAAGUGACAAGCGGAAGUUGCCGCCAAAACCAAACCCAUCGAGCAUGUGAAUGAUACAAUUUCAAAUUCUAUUUCUGUGGACCGAGAUUCCUGCCUCCGGCCGU